GAAUUUGCGAAAUUUUCUUUUAAAAAUUCUUAAUUAAAUAUUUGCAACAUGCAGGCAUUCCUUAAAACUGGCAAAACUACCACAACCGAUAGGAGUCAAGCUAGCACUUCUACAGGGCAACAAUCGGGUGAACGGCGAAAACCACCAGCACCCUGGGUAGAAAAAUACCGCCCUAAAAGUGUUGACGAUGUAGUGGAACAAGGUGAGGUGGUAGCUGUGCUACGUAAAUGUGUGGAGGGAUCUGAUUUACCAAAUAUGCUGUUGUAUGGUCCACCCGGUACCGGAAAAACUAGUACUAUUCUUGCAGCUGCCAGACAAAUUUUUGGCGACAUGUUUCGCGAAAGAAUUUUAGAGUUGAAUGCAUCCGAUGAGAGAGGCAUUAAUGUGGUGAGAACAAAAAUUAAAAAUUUUGCCCAACUCACGGCGAGUGGCACAAGACCAGAUGGCCGCCCUUGUCCACCCUUCAAAAUUAUCAUACUCGAUGAGGCGGACUCCAUGACCCAUGCCGCCCAGGCGGCUUUAAGAAGAACUAUGGAAAAGCAGAGUCGUAGCACUAGAUUCUGUUUGGUGUGCAACUAUGUUUCGCGCAUCAUUGAACCCAUCACCUCCAGAUGUACCAAAUUUCGUUUUAAGUCUUUGGGAGAAACUCAAAUUAUUGAACGCCUUAGGCAUAUUUGCCAGCUGGAGGGUGUUACUAUUGAAGAAGACGCCUACAAAGCCAUAGUUGACAUAUCGGGUGGUGAUAUGAGACGUGCCAUUACCACGCUGCAGUCUUGCUACCGUUUGAAGGGGGCCCAACACAAGAUUGAAUGUAGUGAUUUAAUGGAAAUGUCUGGCAUUAUACCCAACUCUUAUCUGCAAGAAUAUUUAGAAGUAUGCCGUUCGGGUAACUAUACAAAGUUGGAGGAUUUCGUGCGCAAUAUUGCCUAUGAGGCUUAUAGUAUUGGUCAAAUGUUGGAGCAGUUUAACGAAUAUAUAUUAAGAUGUGAAACUUUGACGGACAUGCAAAAGGCUCAUAUAUGCGAUAAGCUGGGGGAAUGUUCCUUCCGCUUGCAAGAUGGUGGCUCAGAGUAUUUACAAAUUAUGGAUUUGGGUUGUGCCAUUAUAUUGGCUUUGCAAGGAAAGUAAAUACAAGUCUUGCUUGCAAAAUGCUUUUCCCAUCAUAAUUUUUAAGAAAAUACUUAUGUAAAGAAUAAAUUGGAGUGUUAAUACUAAAAUUGUGUAGAAUUCAUAAAAUCUCUGGUAUUAUCUUUAACAUAUAUGAAUGUCUAUGCUGUAAUUUGGUCCAAUUUUCAAACGUUAAUAUGAAAAUCAAUUAAAUGUAUGCUACAACUUAUUGUUAAGUUUUUUUAAAUAAAAAUAAAAAAUAAAA